CUUUUUUUUAUAUUUUAUUUGCUCUUUCUUUUCUUUUGGUCAUUGUUUUUGUUAUGGCACAAUACCUUACUGCUCAGUGGGACUACACCGCUGAGGGAAACUAUGAAUUGUCCUUUAAAGAAGGAGAUCAAAUAAAACUUUUGGAGAAACACAAUGACGAUUGGUGGGAAGGUGAGCUGAACGACGAAAUUGGAUUUUUUCCUGCAAAUCGAACAAUAGCUGUCAUGGAAGAAAUUGAGAAUUCAACUAGACCUGCCACACCUAAUAAUACAUGUUCAGACUCAGUAACGGAGUACAAUCAAACACUACCACCGGAUCAACGCCCUCCCAUCAUCGCUUCCAAUAGUAACCCGUAUCUUCAACAGUCAAAUGCAGUAAUAAGAGAUACCAUGUCUGCACCAAUUUUACCCGAUAGGGCAAAGGCAAAUUUACUAGUGGAUAUUUCGACGGAAAGUAACCUAGAUGAUCUACCAGCUGGAUGGAGCUAUUCUUACGAUCAAGCAGGUACCAUCUAUUUCUUUAACAAGAGUACAAAUGAAUCACAAUGGGAAAGACCGACAGAGACUCCCAAAACUAAAUAUAAUAUUGACGACUUGGUAUAUGAUAUCAAAAAAUUGAGUUUGGAUGCCUUACAUCCCAACUGGAUUCGUACACAAAGUAUUAUUCAAAUGAAAAUCAUUGCAGAGGAGGAAAUUCCUUGGAAAGAAUAUUAUGCGGUUUUGGCAGUUGGAUAUUUAUUGAUAUAUAAGGAAGGACUAAACAAAACUUCAAGGAGACCUUCCUCUAUGAAGUCUGUAGCUGCUUUUGGAACAAUUAAUCUGCAAUCUUCUGAAAUAACCCCAGCCACAAAGUUAGAUACCCGAAAGAAGAAUGCUUUUAUCAUCAACAACAGUGAUCUAAAGAUAGUAAUCAGUGUAGCCAAUGAGACCUUGUAUUCCGAUUGGUUAGAUGCAAUCAUGCGUGAAUUGGUCUCUUUGAAAGAAAAUCGGGAAAACCAAGACAUAGACCUGGUACAGCUACUCGCAUCCAUCCCUCUUAAAGAUAAGCUUAUAAAAAGUAAGUCUGACGUUACUCAGACCGCAGAAGAGUCAAAGCUGACAAGAUGGUUCUCCAGAUCAAGUAGAAAUAGUGUCAGUAAUAAACAACAUAUACCAACCGAGCCUCCACCUGUCGGAAAAGAGGUGUUUGGAGGCUACUUAAAACUCGAAGAAGGAGGAGGGAUACCACUUGUAGUACGUUCAUGUAUUGAGCAGGUUGAUAAAAGAGGCCUAGAUGUUGUAGGAAUUUAUCGCUUGUCUGGUCAGACUACAAGUAUACAGAAAUACAAAAACCAAUUUAAUACCAACCCGGAGGAUGUAAAUUUAGAUGAGGAGAACGAUAUUAAUGUGAUUACUGGACUUUUGAAGCUCUAUUUCCGUGAGCUCAAGAAUCCUUUGUUGACAUUUGAAUAUUAUGACCGAGUGAUUGAAGCAGCUCGUUUACAGGACUACGAUGAGCGUAUGUUCCGACUCAAAUCCAUAAUCCAAGUGCUCCCAGUUCCUAAUUACAAGGUAUUUCAGUAUUUAGUUCGCCAUUUGGAACGAGUAAAGGAUCAGAGUAAAAUCAACAAGAUGGAGGCAUCCAAUCUUGCCUUGAUAUUUUCCAUUGGAUUACUAAGAUCAAAGCAAGACGAUUUGUCUUCUUCCAUUUUGCACAGUGAUCUGUUGAGUAAAGUAAUGGAAACUAUUAUACAACAUGUUGACUGGUUUUUUGAUACAGAUACAGAUGACGAGUUAUUAGUAGAAGAUGCAAGUGUAUUAUAAUAAUAAUAAAAU